AUGCCCGUGCGGUCUCCGGCGCAAUGCCGGCGCACCGUCUCGAGGCGUGCGACCGCCUCGAGCCAGGUCGGGGUCUGGGUCACAGACUCCAUGCUCGCCCAGGCCAUUGAGCAAUACCACCGAGCCGUGCUGCCACCAUGCAGACGACAUCUCAACUCCCACGCGGGGCCUCUAGAGAGCCGUCGUCGUGCGAACAAGCGACACAUGACGGGCCUCAUGCCUACCUCGUCUGCCUUUCCGCCUAUAUGGCAGUUCGACGUGCCGUCAUCGAGCAUACCUCAAUGGGAGGCGCCCACCGCUCCAUCGUACCGGCGACAGAAGAAUAAACAGCUCAGCGUCUCCGGGCUAUUCAACAAUCUCAUCGGAUGGCUCGAAAACUCGGGUGCAGACAAGGGCCCCGUCCCACCCAUCGCAGACUCUGCGGCGGCGGGCGUGGUGUCCAUGGAGGCUCUCGCCGUGAGUGCUGAUGCACCACUUGACCUGACACCCGAGGACAGGUUGCGAGAGGCAGCGCCGCCGCAUGAUCUUCCCACCGAGAUUGCGGAGCUACGAGCCCGUGUCUGCGACCUUGACGAAGCCACCGAGGCGGCCCUGUAUCGAUUAUGCACGACCUGCCGACGUUCACUGCGACGAAGGAUCGAGCGCGGCGAGCUCACUGUCGAUGGCCUGGUCCUCGCUCUGGACCCGCUUGAUUUGGCAACGAGAAGCCGGAUCCCAUCCGUUGCGACCGCGAACAAGAUGGCUGCCAUGCUUCGUCGUACAAUUGUGUCGGCCAUGGCGGAUGCUCAGGAGCGAAGCGAGUCGGCGGUUGCCCCUGAACUGUGGUCGACAUUGGCGCAUCAGAUUUGCGGAACAAACGCCGACAACCACGAUGUCCAGCUAUUCUGGCGAUUGAUGGAUGUGAUGCCGCCCUCCAUGCGAGCGAGAAUUCCUGCAAGUCAACUCGCCGCAUUUACGCAUGCCUUUGUCGCAGCCCAGGCCAACCGCCAUAACCUGUUUUCGCACUGGUCGGCUCGGGCAGCAAGGUUCAGCAACGCUCUACAGAAACUCGACGACACUCAGCGCCAAAGCCUAGACGGAGUCAUGGCGCGAUACCUGCAAGAGCAAGACUGGGUGUCAGAGAUGGCCCGCCGAAUGCGCUUUGCAUGGCUCAUCGUCAAGGCCUACGAUUCAACCGCCACGACUCAGCAAUUCAUCAACUCAUACAAGGCUGCGAUAGAGCCAGGUAUGCGGUUGAACAGCAUGCAGCUCUGGCAGCUCCUAGCAGCCAGGCUCGUCGCCACCGGGACUUUGGACGGGGACCAGGGCAAGGCCUUGAUGGAGGCCGACUACAGCGCCAUGAGUCAGCGCUGGGCACGGCUGGUCUUGGCCGUCCUGGCGUCGAAGAACCGAGACAGCGGCCUGCGCGAAGUUUGCGCCUGCUUGAACGGCAUCGGGGAGUUCGACACGGCAGCCCAAGCCCUCACAUCCGCGCCGAUUCGCCACUUACGCAUGGAUGCCAUACAAGCCGUCGCGGCGGCUUGCCACGACCACAACCAAGCAGUACAACUGUUCGAGGCCGUCGUGCUCAAGGAGGGUUCGCGGCAGAAGGUCGGGGCAUGGAAGUGGUCCAUGUGGUCUGCGUACGUUGAGGGCAUGAUCAAGGACCCCAAGAUGGAUCCCGCGCGCAUCUGGCAGGUCCUCAACCUGCGACACUCGGCCAACGGCAGGGACGCGUGCCCCAAGGCUGCUGCCGGCGAGGUCAAGGCAAAGACGCAGCUGCUGGACCAGAUGGGCAAGUGGUUCAUGGAGGCGCCGCACCUCAACGACCGGCAGGUCCUGCGCCAGGUUCAACGCUGCGUCGCCUCCCAGCGGGCGCUCACAAACGGCGUCUCGUCGUGCACGCUGGCCAACGUCGCAGAGCUCAUCACGCGCGACCUCGAGAAGGGCGGGCGCGGCCGCACGUCGCGCAUGCGCUGGCUCGUUGGCAUGGUCGAGCAGACGCACGGCGCGGACGGGGCCAAGAGGGCGGCGAAGGCCCUCCAGGGGUGGCGGUGGACGAUUGACCGCUCUCGCAAAGAUGGCGCUUAG